UGAGAAUCUGGCAGACAAAUGUGAAAUUUUCUAUCGAAAACGCCAUGGCUGUGUCAGAAUGACCACUGGCAAUCAUGGGAUAGAAUCAAGAAGACUCCACAACGAAUAGGAAGUCAAUAUUUCCCGAUGCCGAGUGAAACACUUUUUUUAUUCUCAAGAGCUCGAGCCAUAAGAUAAAAUAUGGCUGUAAACACACACAUUCACUCAAAGUUUGGAGAGCACUUCCACUCCAGUUGGGUUUUAGAAGACUGUGAAAUGAUUGCAAGGCCCAGUGGUAUGGAUGGAUGUUACCAGCGACUUCUCACCAAUAAGGAGGUCACAGAGUUGCCUUUGCAGGCUAUCAACUUACGAGGUCCAACACUCCCGGAUUUUGACAAUGAUGUAGUUACAACAGAUGAACAAGAACAUUUGAUUAAUGCUCUAUUGGGGUCCCAACUCAAUUUAGCUAAAACUGUAUGCAGUUUAUCAAAAUUUUCGAAAUCUCUUUACAAAAGAUUGGUGGUUCUACAGAGAAUAUAUACAGCAGUGUCUGUUAAACAUCAUAACAAAUUCAGUCUCACUUCUGGUGCACAGAUCGACAAAUCUGAGCUUAUAGCAGGCAGACCAUCAGGAAAAAUGUUUGAGAAUUUAGGAGGGAGUGUUGCAUGUUCGUCAGAAUCACAGAGAAACACAGCUUUAUUAGAACUUGGUGUUAAAACAGGGUUAAGUUUGUUGUUUUCAUUAUUGAAACAAAAUUGGAUGUUAGCUGGGAAGUUGCAGCAAUUUUGUAUAUGUAAUGAUAUUUUACAAACUGCCAUUUCUGUUGUAUCGUCUUUUCCGCCCCUGUCUCUUGCCAAUGAAACUAAGCUUACUCAUUUAGGUAUAGAAUCUUUGAAUGAAGUCAACAAAUUUUUACGACAAGCUGCGAGUCCACAGUCAGGAGCAGAUUUAGAGGGUCAGCGUCUUGCUUCAGAACUUAUGAUAUCUCUUGCUGCUCAACGUGGCUCACUUUGCUAUGUCCUGGAGUGGGUGGAUAUGGCACUGCACACAUCGGUAACAGUUCUCUGUGAUCAGAAAGGACAAGAAAAAACAGAAGCAGGGAAAAUCAACUGGACAUUCUUCACCGGCAUUGUAACACAGAUGAUCAAAUCAGUGGGAGGACCACCCACUCUGACAUCAAUGUUUGCAAGAAACCCACCAGUAGACGAAAAUGGACUAGUCCCUCUUUACUUAGCCGCAGUUGUACUGUUAGAGGAGCUUGGUUUGAAGAUGCUUGGUACUCACUUAUCCCUGGCAGUAGCCGGGGGGAUGACCAAUGUUUUCCUGGGACAGCAAGCUGCACCGAUCAGAAAUCUCCUAUUUAGACUCAUUGACACUAACAUGCCAGCCACAAUACAUGG